UCCUGCCAUGACUCGUCGGUUGUUUAUUUCUGGGUCCAAGUUCUCUCGUCGCCAAUUUCUCUGGAGUUUGUCCGUUCCGGCCCUCGAAUUCGAAUUCCUCAGUUUCUGAUUCCACUUGUCAUAUACAGUGAUUCAGUGUCCUUAUUCCGUAUGAUCGAGAUGUUUCCCACCUCUGUUCCUGUCCAUAUACAAACCAGUAGGAUUUGUUAGGGUUUGUGUGUUGCAGAUGAAGGGCUGAACGACGAUGAAACGAUCCAGUAAUUGCGCUGUUUGCGAGAAUACCAAUCGCGCUUCGAUUUGCGCCGGUUGCGUUAAUUACAGGUUAAAUGAGUAUAGCACUUUGUUGAAGUCACUGAAGAAUCGGCGAGAUUCCUUGUACUCGAGGUUGAGAGAGUUAUUGGUAGCAAAGGGAAGAGCAGAUGAUCAAAAGAACUGGAGAGUGCUUCAACAUGAGAAGUUUUCGAGCUUGAAGGAAAGGCUCCGACAUAACAGAGAACAAGUAGCUCAAGGGAGGGCAAAGAUUGAAACUCGUGAGAUGAAAGUUAGAUAUGGGGUUCUGGAUUCAGCUCGCUCAACGCUGGAGAAAAACAGAGCUGAAAAGCUAAAGUAUUAUCCUAAUCUAAUCUGUACGCAGACCCUAGGCCAUAUGGCAAUCACGUCAGAACGCCUUCACAAACAGUCCGUGGUUAUGAAGCAAAUAUGCAAAUUGUUCCCUCAACGCAGAGUUACUUUUGAUGGAGAGAGUAAAAAUGGUUCCACUGGUCAAUAUGAUUUGCUUUGCAAUGCACGUCUACCGAGAGGUCUCGACCCUCACUCCGUGCCAUCGGAUUUGGGGUACAUGGUCCAGCUUCUUAACCUUGUGAUUCAUAACUUGGCUGCUCCUUCACUCCAUAACUCAGGUUUUGCGGGUUCUUGCUCACGGAUAUGGCAACGAGAUUCAUACUGGGAUGCACGCCCUUCCUCCCGAAGCAGUGAGUAUCCUCUCUUCAUACCCCGGCAAAACUGUUGUUCUACCAACGUCGAGAACUCGUGGACAGAUAGAAGUUCCAGCAAUUUUGGUGCUGCUUCAAUGGAAUCCGAAAGAAGAGCUGCACGUCUCGAUUCUUUGGGAAGCAACAGCUUUAAUUACUCUUCUGCUUCUCCUCAUACAGUCGAGACGCACAGAGAUUUGCAGAAAGGAAUAGCUCUUCUCAAGAAAAGCGUGUCUUGCUUGACGUCAUAUUGUUACAAUUCAUUGUGCCUAGAAGUACCUUUGGAGGCCUCCACUUUUGAAGCAUUCGCCAAAUUACUGGCCACGUUAUCCUCUUCCAAGGAGGUCCGAGCUGUUUUCUCCCUGAAAAUGGCUUCUUCGAGAUCAUGCAAGCAAGCUCAACAGCUAAAUAAAUCUAUAUGGAACGCCAACUCUGUCAUCUCAAGCUCCUUACUCGAAAGUGCCCAUAGUCUACCUGUUCCGAGAAACCCGAGUUACACCCACCAUUCCAACCCAGCAGCAAGUUUCCUCUCCACAACCGAAGAGAGAAGCACCAAGAACGAAGGGCUUAUCGAUGGAUGGGAUCUGGUAGAGCAUCCCAAGUAUCCACCGCCGCCUUCGCAGUCCGAGGACGUUGAACACUGGACUCGGGCUAUGUUCAUCGAUGCCAAGAAGAAAUGAAAACCGAUACAGAACCUCUUAUGCCACGAAUGAAUUCCAAGCCACUUUAUCCAACAAGUUGUACAGAAACACGAGAUUCAACUGUAGAUGCUGUAUUGGGUCUUAAGUUUUUCUACAGGUUUUGUCUGGGAAAGAGAAACAGACAUCGAUUACCAACAUGUAAUCUACUGAUCUCUCCUACGUUUACAUGAGAAUUCAGAGAAAUUCUAUUGAA